AUGAGUUCUAUAAAUACAUUAGUUUUAGUUUUUAUUUCAAUUAAUUUUAUUUUCACCACUGUAUCAACAAAAGAUUGUGAUACGAUUUCAAACUUUUUUAUAAAAAACAAUUUAAUGUUUCUGAAUUCAACGGAAUCCGUUGUAUUUCUUCCAUCAGAUUUUGAAUACAAAAUAGAAAAUUGGAAAGAUUUUGAUGGUGACCAUAAUGAAUAUCAUAAUUUGAUUACAUAUAAUGACGAACUCAUAAAUUCACUCUCGGAAACUGAUUUGAGUAUAAGUGAUGACGAGUUAACUGGUGCCGUUUACAGCAGUCUCGUCAAUAACGAAAAGUUACAUGAUUUAAUAAGCGUAUUUUCGAACAGAUAUGUAGUUAGAACUGAUAGAUCCACAAGAGUAUUUACAAUUGACUAUGCCCAAUUUUAUUACAUUGAAAAUACAAAAUGUGAUAAGUUUCAAGUGCAAUACACGAGGUCAGUAAUAAAAGGAUUGAUUUGCAAAAUUAGUUUUGCCACUGGCUUGAGGUAUACAGUGAAAUGUGGCAGUGUAGUUUUAGGGUUAUUGCCACUUGACAAAAAUGGACAACUUGAAUAUGAAACAAGAUGUACCUAA